ACGCGGACGUGUUUCUCGUCGUGCUCGUGCGUGAUUGCCGUGUUCUGCCCGGAACGCGAUUCCGCGACAAUUUGAAGGUGCGUAACGGUCCCGGCUGCAUGGUGUUCAUAUUCGCUGCUGGUGAUCGGUUGGGUGACCACACUGCUCCAUCGGACACUUCUUAACGCGCACGUGAUUUUGAUUUGUCGUAGAGUUCGCGGUCGCGCUUUCGGUCCUUAUUAAUCCGUGCCCAUUCGCCGAUGGUUUAUCGUUCUAAGCUGUUCCAAAAACCCGUCCUGUAACCCUCCUGUGAGCGGAGACAGUCUCUCGUGUGUCUGUGUUCAGAGUGUUGUAUGGCAGUGAGCUUAGUGUGCUAACUAGUAGUGCAGUGUGGCUAGUGUUUUGCACGAAUCUCUCCCUCGUUGUUGUAAACGAAUGUGCCAAACAACGACGACGACGACGACGACGAGUGUCCUCGUCGAGUGUAGUGUGUUGUUGCUGGGAGGUAAUUUUACUCAAUGAUUCCCGUUCGUCUCGUUCGCGUUGAAGCGUGAGUGCGUAGUAGGUAAGUGUAGGCAGUAGUGUGCCACAACAACCGACCGACCAACCUAGUAGUAGUGUAAUCGUCCCAGCAGUAGUGCUCUUGUUUGUUACAAAAUUGUCCGCGCUAAAGUGUUUCAAGUGUGUCCCUGUUGGAGCAAAGGGGGGUGUAGAAAAGAAAAAGAAAAGUGAAAGAAAAAGUGCACUACCAACGCACGCAGUGUUGGCAGCAAGUCCGUGCUCUUUGUGCGUGCGAGUGUGUGCUGUCGUGUUUGUUGAAUAGAUCCUGUCCCCAAGAGAAGCGAAAAGAAAGCGUGCGCGAAAACAUGGCGAAUGGAUUACUACGAUGCCGCCGGUCCCGGUCCUGCCGAUGGUUCGUCCUGGCGCUGCUCGCCCUGCUGACCGUGGUCGACGGUGGGACCACGGUGGCGCUCGGCCGCAAUCCUCGUGCGGCACGGGAUACGGGAACGCCCGGAACCGGUGCUGGACGUGACCUCACCGCACGCAGCUCCACGAUGUCCUGCGAGCGAUUCAACAACUUUUUCUCCUCCAUCAAUGUAACAGUCAGCGUGACAGGCCAAGGAUCGAAGCUUAAAAGAGGUCCCGUCUGUGCGGGAGCCUGUUGCGAUGCUGAAACCGAGCGGCAACUGCAGGCAAAGGCGACGAAAAAUUUCGAAAGACUAGUGAAACAUCAUAUCCGUAGCCAGCGGGGGCACUGGGAGCAGACUGCGAAUUUAUACAAAGAUUACCUGCUGCAGCUAACGCGUCAGUCCGAGAACAAAACGCUCGCCCUGUUCUCGACCGUCUACAGCGAGAUGUCGCCGCUGUCCCGUAACCCAAUCCGCGAGCUGUACGAAACGAUCCGGGUGAAUCUCGUGUCAGAGCGCCCCGGUGCGGCCGAUGAUCUUGAGCUCGUCACCGACAAGUUCUUCCGGAAUCUGUUCCCGGUCGCGUACCACCAUGCGAUCCACUCGGACAUGCAGCAGGACCGUGGCUCUAGCAGUUCCGGUGGAUCGGGCAAGCGUGACUUCCACAGUGACUACAAAAACUGCCUGGUGCACACGUACAACGAUCUGCAGCCAUUCGGUAGUGUACCACGGGAACUGUCCGCUUCGCUGGUUUCCUCCGUGAGUGCGGCCUCCGUCCUGUUGCGCGUACUCCGCGAAGGAGCCGAUGUGCUGGCAAAGCUGGAAGAGAUCGGCGUUACGGCACCGCUGUGCAAGAAGGCGCUACUGCGCAUGAACUACUGCGGUAGCUGCAAUCUGUUCGAUCAUCUGCACGCCAAACCGUGCGCCGGACUGUGCCAGAAUGUGAUGCGUGGAUGUUUGAUCGAGUACGUUGGACUGUUGAACAAGGAUUGGUCCACGUUUACGGAAUCAAUUGUGCCACUGCUCAACAUGGUCCGGUCGCCACAGGGGAUCGAGACGGAGAUCAAGGCACUCGACGGAAAGCUCUCCCGGGCGAUCAUGCAGGCGAUGGAAACUGGGCCGCAGCUCGAGAAACAGGUUGAGCAAGCGUGCGGUGUACCAUCGCUGGUACCAUCCGACCAUCUGGCCGAAGGAAGCUUCGAGGAAGCACCCCAAACGCUCGCCAGCAGCAGCAAGUGGAGUGUCGCACCCAUCAACGAGAUGCUUCAGUUCGAGAUGACCAUCUCCCGGAAUAAGGAUCUCUUCCUGCAGCUAUCCUCGACGCUGUGCGAUGACGAGGACUAUCACAUGACGGAUGAGAACUGCUGGACGGGCAACAGUCUGGGCGAUUACACGCACCAGGUAGUGACAACGAUCUGGGACAAGUACAACCCCGAGGUGGCGUACGCCGGUGACAUCGAGUCGCCACACAUGCGCACGCUGGUCGAUCGGCUGAUCAACCUCAACUCGGCAGCGACCAAAGCGUUAUCACCUAACACAUACCGAGGAGAUGUCGAUAAAAUGCAAUCGGAUAUGGCGGAUGGUUCGGGUGAUUCCUAUCCAUCGGACGACGAGGAAGAUGGAUUCGCUGCUUCCGGUUCGGGUGAAGGUCGAUCGAUAGGUGAAGAAACGAUCGUCACGUCGGUAUCGGGCAACGAAAUCAGCUCGUCGAAACGAAUCUCAUCUCAGCCCUGCUGGAGUUUGCUGAGCAUCGCAGCGAUCCUGCUCGCGGUUCCGCGGUUGCUACAGCUGAACGAUCGGUUCAGCAGGCACUGAGCAACGGCAACAGCAAUCGUGCGCCAGCGCCGGCCCCAGGAACUCCAAUCGUGUGCAGCACAUUGAGAGAAGGCGAAAAACGUGAAAAAAUCUUAGCAUCUAGACUCGGAACAAGCGCGUUCUCGGUUUGUAUUGUCCCGAUCGUGUGAAUGUUAUCUAUGCAACAACAACAACAAGAACAAAAAGAACAUCCACAAAAGCACCCACACACCCAAGCUCCUCUUAAGAUGCACCAAACACUACACUUCGAGUCGAGCGGCGAAUACGACGCCCAUUACGAGGACACCACCACCCCCCGCGGGCUAGCAUCCUUGCUGAGCGGAAACGAUGGUCCACGAUCCUCUACUCGGCAGGGAUGCGGCAGAAUGUGAGGACCGGGUGAGAAUAGUCAAUAUUUAGUAUUGUUCCGCGAAUGAUCGACCCUCGGAUUCGGGGUGAUUGGCGAUCAUCAAACCACGUCUUUCCACGUCUGUUUUUUUGGGUUCGGAGGGAACGGUUCUCCGCUUUUCCCCAUCCAUUUUCUGGUCGAUCGAUCGAACCACUCUCGACGAUGGGCACGAUCUCCUACAGCAACCGAUUGCCUGCUUGCUUUCACGUGUUGGCCAUAUCUAGGCAGUGGUCCUGAGCACACCAUAACUCUGUAGUAUACCCGCUUCCAAGGGGAUAGUGCACACUGGUCGCUGUUCUCACUAGAUAUCGGAUCCCUUUCAAGAUCUCUCGUGCGUAAGAUUUCAUUCUGUCGGUCGGUUAGCAGAAGGAGGUGUAGAAGAAGGAGCACACAGGAGGACGCGAGCGAGGACGAUGUGUGUGUUUGUGUGGUUAGGAAUUGGCGCACCGUGAUUCUUCCACUGUCAUUAAUUUGAUGUUUAGCUUAUUUUAAUCCCAAACAAAACCGUUGCACCCGAGCGAUCUGAAAACCACCUUUAACGUUUGCUCCAUUGUCGUUAUCAUCGUUCUCGUUGUGUUUUUAUUUCAUGACUUUCCACCAGCUUUUUUCUUGUUAGAGAAAAAAAAAGAGAAAGCAAAGCAAAAACACAAACCCCCCUUUAGCAGAACAGCAAGUAAUAAUCGUAGCUAGAACAUGAUAAAACAAAUUAAGGAAAGAGAUAAAGAAAUUCGAGAAGAAAACCUCCCAAUAUCUUACGCAAAAAAAACCAACUAGAUAUAACAUUUCCUGUUUCUACUAAUUCAACUAAAAACAGUGAAACAACAAAACUAACCGACGUAACGUUGCACAGGGUAGCGGGCUCCGGGAGGCAAAGUGGCGAAUGUCACGUCCACGCGAGUGACAUGAAAAUAUACUGUAAAUAUUUAACUUAUAGCGAAUGGAUAGCGUGCGGAAGCAGAUCCAUUUUAGAAUGCGAUGCAAUGCAAACGAAGGAACGGAGAAGGGGUCCGUUUGGGAGGUGGGGGGACGAUCGUGUGUAUCUGUGUGUGAUCCAAUGUGGAGCACCAACCCAAUCCUACCACGGUCAUGAUCACGUGUCCGUGCUUCCAAUUCACGUUCCAUGGCGUGACUACCGCAACACAAAUCCAUCAUCGCCAUACAUACAUACCGAGCUAGCACACUAGUUAACAAAUUAUUGUCGAUCGGACGGCGGUGUGGUGUGGCGUAAUGGCGGAUGAUAUCAUACCAUUGCACUCCGCACUGCGCAUACCUCCUGAGCUACCCCUGAGAGGUGACCGGUUCGAUGUUGCUGGGAGUCUCAGGCGAAUUCUCUAGCCAGUAAGAAGCCCUAACCUUCAUACCUCUCUCUCUCUUUCUCUCUAUCUAUCUCUCUACUUUUCUAUCUCUAUUUCUCGUUGCGUAUGGUGCGUACUACCGAAAGGGAAGAAGUUCUAUUUCGGUGGGAGAAAUGUUUCCCGUUUUUGCUAUCCGCAACAAUCAGCAACAGCCACGUAUACGCACCUCGUUUGAUGUCCAGGUUGACGUCAUGUCGUCACGAUGUUAUAGAUUAGAGUUCACAAUUAUGAAUCAAACGCCCCCAUCCUUUCUUGCUAAUUGCACAGCGCCACAACUCUAAUACAAUGCCGCAUCCUAGUGUAAUCAAGUGCGAGUUCAAGCUGAACUUAAAUACUCCAUGCUCCAUGGGCCAUUAUACUGCUGUACGUCUGGAGUCCGGAAGGACGACAAUCUAUCUCUAUCUCGGUUGUUCCUUAUUCGAAUGUAACCCGUGUGGCGUGUCGAAUGGUGCAUGAUGUUUGUUUGUUUUUCUUGAUUACACUUUUGCGCGAAAUGUACAGGACGAUCAGAUGAUCCUUUUCGUUCGGUACUGAGCUAGAGCGAGCUACACUUCCACUGCACAGAGUAUCGUAUCGGCAACACGAAGAAUCAACCCGAAACCCGAAAGCACGUGCGCACCAUCUGUGAUCGUCGUACUAUGGGAAUGUUUUGGGGGGGGGGGGGGGGGGAAACAAGCAAUGCGUAACGAAUCAACACCCAAACAAACAGAUGCAAGGACGCUAAAAGCAAUUAGGUGUUGGAAUCAGGGAUGUGGAGUGACCACCAGAAAGCUCCCCGGUAUCAGGUCGUCGGAAGAACGGUGAAAAGAAGCUGGUGGAAUAAUUUAUUGUUAUUAGAUUGUUGUUUAGCCGUCAGUAGCGAUCCGCCGUCACCACCGUGAUCCGUGUGGCAAUGCUCCAAAAAAAAAAACAAAACGCGACCGCGACUUUCACGACAUUGCACCCAACUGGCUUAACACUCCGGCCACACGGUGCACGCACAGUAUUCCUGAAUGAUAGAACACACUAAUAAGAGUACAGCUGCAACCUGUCCCCGAACCUAGACGUUGGUGUAAAGUUGUUAUGGUGCCAUGAACGAUAAUGUUUCGAUAAACGAGGAGUUGUUGCGUUGUUAAGGAACGCGAACACAUCUCCAAACACAGCAAUGCUCAUGUAGAAGAGUAGAAAAGCGAAAGGAGAAAUGAAGGUGAGAAAGAAGUAAAAUGCACCUCUCCGGGAUCAAGGAUGCGGGCACAGACACACUAAAAAACGGGGAAAAGGAAAAUGAAGAGAAAAAAAAAUCCGGCUUCAUGAAGCAGCAGAAUCCCGAAUGCGAAAACGAAAGAAUACAAAACCAAUGGAAAACAAAACAAAAGCGGAAUAGGUGAAUAGAAAACAAUGCGGAUGGAAAAAAUGAAUGCUUAUUCCAGUUCCAGUGAUAUAUAUUAGAUACGUAGGAUUUGCAAUUAUGAUUUGCUUUAUAAGUUUCGCGAAUGGUCAAAAACUGAAGAAUGCGCGCUCUCAAUACCAAGGUGAAGCAGGGGAGGGGAAGGGGGAGAGGUAGUGGUCCCCGUUUCGGCACAUCCUCCACAGUUCGGUUCCGGUUCCGGGCCGGAUCGGCAAAAUUCGAGUCAUUAUUAUAGACAGUGCAAAAAAUGGUGCAAAAGAAAAAAAAGAUUGAAACGACAGGCGAAACAAGUGGCGACAAAGUGAAGCGAGCGUUAACAAUCCAUUUGAUUUCGGGUUCGAGUUUUCCAAUCAUUUCCCUUCGGUUUUCCACAUCUAGGAUUUUUCCACCAACCCACUUUAAGCAGCUUCUGGGUUAUCAGUAUGUUACGUCUGUUUUUUUUUUUUUUUUGAGAAUGGAAAACAUUAAGCGAACACGCCGCGUACAGCCAGAGCAGGGCGCAGGGCGAGUAAAAACCACGAAAUCGGUUGCCAAAAAGAAAACAAAAGUCGGGAUUUUAUCAAUCCCGGACGAUGACGAUGAUGGAAAAGUUUUCCUGAUGCCCAGCGCUUCGCUUUACGCUGGUGUAGCGUUAUGAGCGGAACUGGGAACUGGGUCUUUAAAAGAUAAAAUUACCGAACUAUAAAAAUAAGGAAACCGUGGAAAUGUUUGAGGGGGAUUUUGGGGAAGGGGAUCGAUUGGUGGGGGGUAUCGUCACCACCAAAAUGGAAACGGUACGGAGGGAAGUUGAAUUGUAAAUUGCGGGGGAAAAGAAGAAAAACGAACGGUGAAGGACGAACUCCGAAGAGGGAAACUG